ACCUACACAAGGAACACGUAUACGACAUUUUGUGAUACACAACGAAUCAUGAGCGGCAGAGGAAAAACCGGUGGCAAGACUAGGGCUAAGGCCAAGACUCGUUCAUCGAGAGCUGGACUGCAGUUCCCUGUUGGCCGUGUACACAGGCUUCUGCGGAAAGGCAAUUAUGCUGAGCGUGUUGGCGCCGGAGCUCCAGUGUAUCUGGCUGCCGUGCUCGAGUAUCUGACGGCCGAAAUUCUCGAGCUGGCUGGCAACGCUGCUCGGGACAACAAGAAGACUCGCAUAAUUCCUCGUCACUUGCAGCUGGCUGUACGUAACGACGAAGAGCUGAACAAGCUUUUGGGCGGUGUCACUAUCGCUCAGGGCGGCGUGUUGCCUAACAUCCAGGCCGUGCUGCUGCCGAAGAAGACCGAGAAGGCCGUCAAGGGAAAGUAAAGUAGUGGUUACGGUUGCUGAUAAAACAAAGGCUCUUUUAAGAGCCACCCACUUUACUGCAAAAGAGCACCUAACUCCUGAAUUUCUGUGUACUGAGUGGAAGAAAUGAUGGAGUAAAGGAAGAGUAAUGAGGAUUGUCAGAGACCCAUGUCACCCUAGUAACUGCGUGUUCGAUUUGCUUACAUCAGGCAAACUUCAGGAGUAUUAUGGCAAAAAGAGUGGUUGAUCAGGACAUAUCGCCAUAGCUUUUUAACACUUAAUAAUGUACAUUUGCGUCAAUAGCAACUAGUAUACUGCACGUUACGGCAAAGGUAUAGUAUAUUGCAAAUUGUACAGAUAUUUCUUAUAUCCCAAUAACAUUACAAUUAUAUUUUCAGUACUUUAGUCUUAGCCUUUUCUUACUUAACCUGCUAGACCUUAUUAGUGUCUCUGGACCGAAUCAGGGUAUAUUUCACUACAUGUUGUACCAUAUGAUAAAUGAAGAAUCUUGGUGUUUUUUACUUACAGAGGAAAACCUAGUUUAUGCAGUAAAAUGUAUAAAUCGUAUACAAUAAACUCAUGAAUUUCUUUUUUGUAUUUUCCAAUUA